UGUAGAAAUGAUGGGUGUGGUUUUACUGGUUUGGGCGUGGUUUAAUGGAGAAAGAGGAAGUUGGUUGGUGUCUAAAGGAUUGGAUUUGUGACAAAGAUGAUGUCUUAUUUAACGAUAGUGUACUCCAACAAAUAGAUUGUACUCACCUUUCCUGUUACAUGAAUUACAGUAUUUCAAUCAAAAAUCCAGGACCAGGUCUAGUACUCCGGUCACUUCAUAAAAAUGACUACGACAAGGGCUAUAUGACAUUACUUGGACAAUUAACCAGAACUGGUGAUGUUACGAAGGAACGAUUUGAAGCACAGUUUGACGCAAUGAAGCAAUGUCCUGGCAUACACUACAUUAUGGUCAUUGAAGAUGUGAGCAAUGCAAUAAUUGUAGGGUCUGGUACUUUAGUUGUAGAGAGGAAGUUCACUCACAAUACUGCUUUACGUGGUAGAGUGGAAGAUAUAGUAGUUCAUUCAAACUACAGAGGACGGCAUUUGGGAAAUUUAAUAGUUGAAACUGCAACUGUACUGAGUCAAAAACUAGGGUGUUACAAGACUAGUCUUGACUGUCUACCAUCAUUGAAACCAUUUUAUGAAAAAUUUGAGUUUGAGAACACAUCAGUCAUUUUUAUGUCUAAAAGAUUUUAUGAUUAAUUAACCAGAAUUUAAAGUUAAACACUG